AUGCAUGAAGCUUGUGGCGUCAAUAUAAUGGAGCUAAAGAGCAACAGUGAAAAUUUAUGUGACAGCUUGACAUUACAUACGGUAUCUGUCAUGAUAACGGUUAGCUUGUUCAGAGGACCGGAGGGGGAGGACGUGUUUGUUGGAUUUUCAUUUAUGCUUGGCUUCUUUGUUCGGAAGUAUUUGUGGAUGCUGCGUUCCGAGAGGUCCCGAUUCAUCGGUCUGGAUAUUUACACGAACACGGUUGCUGUAGUGGUCACUGCAUAUGCACUGUUACUCGCAAACAGUUUGCAGUACAUCAUCCUUGUUCCCUUCCCAAUCAGUGUGGCUGCCUUCAUCACUUAUCUGUACAAGGAAAGAUUGGAGCACCAUGGCACUACUGGAGCUGAGGAUAGUAGUAAGGAUAGAAAGAAACCUCACAAACCUGGGGGAGCACCAACUCACCUGAGUACUAGAUCAAAGGACGACGACGAUGGCUUGUUGGAGAAAGAUGGCAAGAAAACCGGGGAACUUGAAAUGGUGAUAAUACCAUAUUUUAUGCUACUAAUCAGUGCAAUAGUAAUCCCAUACAAAGACAGCCCUGUUCUGUCUCACUUCCUGCUCUUCUCAUGUUGCGCGCUAGGGACACUGGCACUGCUCUAUUCCAGACUGGCUGAAGCAAGUCCGGCCUUGAAACCGGCACUGGAAUGUAUCCAGAUGGCCUACAUGGUGAUGCUGUUCAUAACAGUGCACACGGUGGCUGCAGAAUGGCUGGGAGAGAUCACGGCAUUGGUCACCAUGCCUGAGCUGAUUGCAGGGCUUGUAUGGUUCUAUACUACUCUUCUCCACGGCGACACUUCUAAUAGUAGAGUCAGAUCAGAUAAAGAUAGUAGAGUUGGUUCCAGUAGUAGUUCGGAUGCAACUCAAAUCCCAAGUUCGGAAACAAAACAGGUUUCUGCUAGUAUCUUUGUUAAAGGCUUCAUCUUCGAUGGAUCCAUGUUCAUUCCCCUCGGAGCUGUUUUGGCAGGCUUAAUAACAUCCACUUUCGCAUAUGACGGGGAACUCCUGGCCACAUGGAACACCAUGGCGACUGUCGCCUGUAGCAUUGCAGGGUGCUUGCCAUAUCUCAGCAUAUGGAUGGUAUCGAGGUGGCCUGGCCGCAUACCUAGCUCAGAUAAGGCGAUUCGGCUGCUAAAGUUUGCUGCAAAUAUGUGCUUGACUGGAGCUUGUCUGAUGCUGUUUGCCUUGCUUGCUGAGAAGACACUGGCUUAUCGUUUGUUUGGUUUGGAUGAGAUUAUUGAUCCUAGUCUACUCAAACAUCUUCCGGCUGUUUACUUCAGUACAGCGGUAGCCCUGUGUUUCUUUGGGAAGCAUCUUGCUCGUGCAUUGGCAGAUCUAGGGGAGGGGCUAAGGGGACUCCAGUCCUCCCCUGCUGCUCGUGCUUCAAUGGAGACGAAGGGCAGGAGGAGGAGGAGGAAGAAGAAAAUAUAG